UUAUUACUUUUCAGGAAGUUGAGGAACGUUUUCGAAAAGCUAUGAUAACGAAUGCUCAACUUGACAACGACCGUUCAUCACAGACCUAUGAGGUUAAACUACUUAAAGAUAAAAGUGAAGCAAUGCAAGAAUCCCUUGCCCAAUUGCAACGUGAAUUUAAAAACAAACUUCGCGAUUGUAGUGCCCUUAAGCGCAGCUUAGAUCGUACAACCCUAGAAUUAAACCUGGUGCAAGGCCAACUUAGUGAGCGUGAUACUCUUAUAGAAGAACACGGUCUUGUUAUUGUUGCUAUUGAAAAUAGUGAUGGCAGCGAUGCGAAGCGUGCUCUAGUCACCGUGGAAAAUGCCAAUGUAUUAGCAACUGUGCAAGGCUCUCUUGACGUACGAAUCAAAAAGUUUGCUGAUGAAAAACAACGACUUCUUAAUGAAAUGCAAAAGCUCCGUGAACAGCUGGACGCUUUUAAAAAUGAAGGAAGACCUGUUCGAGGAAGUCUAUUAAGUGGAUCUUUAGGGUACGAUGGUGACUAUGAUGCUCAGCGAGAAUCAAAUAAAAUCAUAUCCGACUAUAAAUAUAAACUACAGAAAGCUGAACAGGAAAUCGCCAGUCUGCAGGCAAACCUAGCGCGCUCAGAGACUCAAGUUAUACGUUACAAAAGUACGGCUGAAGCUGCCGAAAAAUCUGAGGCUGAGCUUAAAGUAGAAAGACGUAAGCUGCAACGUGAGGUAUGAUCAAAUACGUUUACUAUUAGGUAUUACUGAGAAA